GUACUGUUAAAAAAACUUGAAAGGAACUUUUCAGCGCCCGCGCAAAUUAAACCCGCCCAAUUUGGCGCAGUGGCAGAGGUCUGUUGAGUUGCAACACUGAUUAAAGUGAACUUCCUCUCCGUUUUCUGCUCUUCAAUGUCUGGCGAAGUUUCAGCAAUGAAAAUAUUUACCUUUGAUUGAGCAAAGCUUUAUUCGAAACAGAGACACAAUAAGAAGGCAUAUUUUGCUUUAAUCUAAGAUACUAAGGAGGGAUUGGAUGAGAAUGUACCGGGCAAGAACAAGAAAAAGGGUUAAUGCAAUCCGGCGUGGUCCUGAUGGAAGUGCCUUCCAACAAUGUGAAAGGUGUGGCUUUUCUGUGGCAAUUGCUUUGGCUGAUAUGCAUGAGUGCGAGUCGAAUGACAAGGUCAAGAAAUUUAGAGGUUGGCCUCGCGGAGGAAGUCCUAAGACAACACUCAACUAUGAAGAUCAGCCCAGAUCAGCUUUCCGGUUCUUCAUGGAAGAAUUUGUGGAAGAAUGUGAGGAAGAAGAUGAGGUUGUAGUUGAUAGGAAGGGUUUUGAGAAGUGGAAGAAAAUGUCGAAAGAGGAUAGGGAGCAGUAUGUCAUCAAAGCUGAGAAGGUGAAUUUGGCCUACAUAAAAGCUCUGCUAGAAGAGGAGAAUAAUAUUUUCUGGGUGGAUGAUGAGGCAGAUUCCGCAGAGGUUGGAAAGUUUGAUAAGAACUAUCCACAAGGGGAUUACUCCGAUGAUGAUUGUCACAUUUCUGAGAGCUUCCUUUUUUGGUCUGAAAAUAGUGACGACUAUGGCAGCACGGAUUGGAGGAAAAGGCUUCUAAACCAACUAAGGAAAUGAUCUCCUUUCUCUUGGAGCUUCCACGGGUUUUGGGUAAUUUUUGGAGUCUGAACUGAUGGGAACAAAUUUCAUAGGUUCAAGCACUAGAAAUUGCAUGGCGCAAAAGCUCCAAGCCAGGCAUUUUGACCGUUGCUUACAUAAAAGGGGGGCAGGUCACUUUGGGCAUUGUACAAAAUAGGAGUGUGGGACUGCUUAACUGCGUAAAAAGUGUAGGAUGAUUAGCCCUUCUCUACCAAUUAUAAAAUGCUAAACAUGUAAAAGGCAACCCUGAUUAAUGUUUUUGCUCUGAUUAGUAUCUGAAGGAGAGAGUGCAGUGAGGGGUGAUUUUUUUUGUGUUUGGGGAGAUCAUUACAUUUUGUUACUGGGGACAGAUCAAAGGUUGGACCGGCAUGGAGCAGUGAAGUAUUUUGACUAAUGGUGUAAAUGUUAUUGUAGUUUUAACUCUUCUACUUCUGCCUUUAGCAAUGUUUAGCCCUGGAUCUGAAUUGAAGUGCUCAUUGCUGAAGUCUCCAAGACCAAAACUGAAUAUCCUACUCACAACUCCACUCUGAUGAUUCCAUGAAAGUCUCCAUCACCAUAAAAAC